GGAAGUGAAUGUGGAAGAGCAACUGAAAGAUAUAAAGAUCUGCUUCCUUCCUUCUGAAGUUUCAUAGCUUUCUGCUCACAGAUCCCUCGGCUGCUGCGAAACUGAGUCUUUGUCCCAGUCUCAGACUGCAAAGCGAUGAUUGGCUUCAGGACUUUACCCCACCUCACCAUCUGCAUCCUGCUGGUCUAUUUAACGGCAGCAAAGAAUGACGCUCCCUGCCAGCGCACCAAAUGGAACAAUGCCUUCAGCACCUUCCUGAAACGACACAUUCCUUCUGGCACGCCUGAAUCUCUUGACCACAACGAGUGGGAGAAGUACAUAAGGCAAAACUUGGGCUGCAACAGGCCUACGCAGUCCUUCCUCCAGCCAAAAGACAUGGACAGGGUGAGGGCUGUCUGCACCAGCGGAGGGGGGAAGGUGUACAAGGACAAUCUGUGCAUCAGCACGACUCCCUUCACUUUUGUAACGGUCAGGAGUGAGUCCGGGACCUGCGGCAUCAGGAACAUCCGUGAGGAAAAAAAGCACUUAAUCCUGGCCUGUGAAAAGCUGGAAAACCAGUGCCUGCCUGUCCACUUUGAGGGAAAUCCUGGAAAUGUCAAGCCUGAUAAUAACGCCAGAGCCUGUCAAGACCCUCAGAGUCCAGACUCCAAGGCUCCUAACCUUAAUCCAACGUGGCUCUGGGUGUUGUCUGUCAUUUUUAUUUUUGUUUAUACCUACUAACUUAUUGAAGCAACAGAUACAUGCAACAUUGAUAUUGCAUUUGACUUUUUCUCUUUUUGGUAAAUGAAGACGGUAAGAGUCACAGAGGUUUUUUUUUUUUUUUAAUUGGGGGCAUUUCACUCUUAUGCUGCAUUUCCAUGUUUGCUGUAUUCAGCAGACGGUAAACCAGGUGUGUCAUUGUUUUCACUGAGGGGACGAUGUUAAAUUGCACCACCGCUAUCUGGCACUUUUACAUUUACUGUUUGAUGUAGUGACAAAGUCAAACUGUAUGUUGUAUUGUCUGAUAUGAUGAGGAGCAAGAGAUGGAUCCUUCACGUGUAAAGACACCUGGUGUUAUUUAGGUAAAUGCAAAUAAUUUCUGUUAUUACACAAAGAAUUUUCAUUUCCAGUAUCUCUAUACGUGACUUUUUAAACAACCAUCAUAACCAGGGCUUUCUGUUUUAAUAUAAUGUGCACAAUACUAAAACUCUGUUGUACUGAAUCUUUCAUGUAAGUGAAAUAUAGCCUGUGUCACUAUUCCAGGAAAAUGACCACAUCUCACACCAUCAUCCACCAUCAACUAAUCAGUCAUCACCAGUUAAUCUGCUAUGAUGACCAGUACGAUGUUUUUUUUUUUGUUUUUUUUUUAACCGUCAACAUGUGAUUGCAGCAUGAGGAUUUGUGUGUGUGUGUGUGUGUUUGAUCAAAAUGUCUGGAAAGACUUGAAACUUUAGUUGUAAUAACAGUAUUAAAAUGUAAUUUCAGUCAUCACCAGCAUGUAAAUUACAAUUUUUUUAAAUUUAUGUUAAAAGAAAUCUCUAUUGUGUAUGUGUGCACUCACUGUUGCACUGGAGCAGUGAUGGUCUUGUGGUUAAGCGUUGGGCUUGAGACUAGAGGAUGCUUGGUUCAAACCCGAGCCAGACCCGGCAAUCACUAAGGGCCCUUGAGCAAGGUCCUGAAACUCCAAGUUGCUCCCAGUGUGUAGUGAGCACCUUGCAUGGCAGCACCCUUGAGAUCAGUCUGUGUGAAUAGGUGAAUGUGAGGCAUCAUUGGAAAGCACUUUGAGCUUCUGAUUUGGAUGGAAAAGCACUAUACAAAUGCAGUCCAUUGGCCAUACGUGCGUGAGCUCAGCACAUGGAGUCCUGAGGGGUCGUGACAUUGGGUUCUUGCUUUCAUGACAUUUAUUUCAUUUGAAAUAAUGUGUUUUUUUUGUUUGUUUCUUUACUUAUGAUGGAGAAUUUUAAGUAAAAUCCCUCAUUGUUUUAUUUGCAUGAAUAAAAUGAACAUGCUUGAAAAUA